GGGGGGCGAUGGCGCAGGUACCACCGCCCUCCCCGCCGCGGCAAGGGACGAUGGCGCGGGAGACCCAGCAGCCGCCAUGGCGGGGGGCGCGGGGCGAGCGGCGGCGGCUCCGGGCGUAGCAGCUGGAGUGCGUCAGCGGCGAGGGGCGGAGAGGCCGCCGGGAGAGACGGUAUCAGGCGCGGGGCAGCAGGACUGGGCGAAGCCGGAGAGGAUGUCAUUCCCUGUGGAUGUAUUGAACAGUUACAGCCAUGAGGACCUGGAGAGCUCAGCAGAAAACUACUUGUCUGACCUUCGCUGUGGAAAUCCAGACCAACCUGAAUUCUUGUCUCUGCCAAACCAUCGCAAAAUUCCUCUUAGCUUGUCAACUGUGGGCUUCGUUCCUCUUUAUGGUGAAGAGCAGUCACACAAAGUUCUUGCUUUGUUUCCACCAUGGGACUCACUCACAGCUGUAGCGCUGUAUCUUGCUGACCAGUGGUGGUCAGUUGAUGACAUUGUGAGAACAUCUGUCCCUGGUAGACAGGGGCUUCAUCAGGUGAACUCUCUUGGAGAGAGGAUUGUUCUUUAUGUUCUGAAUCGUAUUAUCUAUCGGACGCAAGAAAUGGAAGGAACUGACAUCCCAUUUCUCUGUCAUCGUAGCAAUGACUAUGCUAAGAUCAUGUGGAAAAAAGGAGAGGCUAUUGGAUUCUACUCUGUUAAACCUACAGGAAGUGUUUGCAGCUCUUACCGUAGUAUGACUUACACACUGCCAGUGAUGGACACAAUGUUUGUAAGAAAGAAACAUCGUGAGAGAGACUCUGGUCUAAUUAUGUUGGAAGACUUUGUGGAUUCCUUUAAAGAAGACUCUCUUGGCCUACGGUACCCACUGUCAUCCUUCAUGUAUACAGCUUGUAAGCAAUAUCUUGAGAAGUACCCUGCAGAUCAUAACCUUUUGUGGCAAGUGGAAGGACCAGGAUCUUGGUUCCAGAGAACAUCUAUUAUGUUUAUAAUAUAUAGGGAAAAGCUCAGAAUUUCAGAGGCCUCACAGAAAGAAAAUAAGAGUUCUCAAGCAGAGGAUCAUUGUUUGCAGUCUGCAGCUGUAUCUGAAGCACGUGGACAAUACAUGGAGCUAGAAACACAGCUAAGUUCUGAACCUCAAAAGGGUAAAGAAUCAAUAGAUGUCCAUGGAAGCACAUCUGAAGACCCUAAUGUAGCUCCCGUUUCCAUUCGGACACGAAGCAGUCAUUUAAAACGUCCCAGGAUAGGAAAAAAAUGCCAGGAGUCUGAACCUGGAACUUCCCAAAGAGAUGAGGAAAACGCUCUUCAUGCGUCAGAAAGCAGGCUGGAAUGUGCUACCCAAACAUCUAAAAGCUCUGAAGAUACCAUAGCGAUAUCUGAUGAGAAUACUGUUGAGAAGGAUGAGGAAAUGAUUGUUGAAAAUGAAGGCCAAUCUGUAUCAGAGGCAGAGCCACGUGUAUCACCCCCUGAGAAACGGAGUGAAAAGGAGGGAAAUCCAUCAGAGCCUCUUAAUGGUGAGGUAACAGAAGAAACUGGUAAGACCUCAUUUAUGGCUGAAGAGGAAACAGCAAAUGAAGUUCUAGGUGGUGAAUCAAAAUUGCAAGUUGAGAGUCAAGGAGAAGAACCCUUAACACUGAUUGUUCCCUUAAUUCUUGAGGCUCCGGCAAAACCUUCAGAAGACACUGUAUCAGAGAAGGUUUUAAAUGCAAAUGAUUCAGAAAUGCUGACUGAAGAAAGCCCAUUAGUAGAAGGGGAGGGUACUGAAGAACAGCAAGAAUCUGAAAAGCCCACCACUGAAAAUGUGGCUGCUUCAGCAUCGGAGGAACCAUCUGAUAAUGGCCUGCCCAGCUCUGUCGCAACUGAACCAGCAGAAGAAUCUGUUUCUGAAAAUGUAUUGCCCAAAACAGCUUCCUCGUUGGAAGAUCAAAAUGAGGAAGUAGGGCACAACUCACAGGAGGGCUCUGGCUUGAGUCAGAGCUCUUUGGUAGUGGUUGAACUGGAGGGUGUUUCUUUACAGCAGCCUUCUGGACAGGAGGAACAGAAGAACCAGUCAGAAGAGCACAUAGAAGAGUGUGAGCAGAUGGAUCAGUACACGCAGGCAACAGUGGAGCGGGCUGCCGACAGCAGCUCUGAGGAAGCCGAAAUUGAGGUACCCAUUGUAGAUCGGAGAAACUUGCGGAGAAAGGCCAAAGGCUACAAAGGUCCACCCAAGAAAAAAGGAAAGCCAGCUUAAAAAUGAAAUAUUGACUGUUAAUUCAUCUAUUUAUAAGAAAGUUAUUAUUUUAUGUAAAGCACUAGGCUGUAACUAAACCAUGUUGGAUACAGGGGACACAUGUUUAAAAUCCUGGGUUGGAUUUCCUCUUGGGAUUUAUCACCUUCCCUCAAGUUUUCUUGAAUGUUUAACCACUAGACACUGAGCUUCAUCAGAGUAUGAAAGUAAGCAGCCAGUCUUCUGCUUUUAUAAAGGAUACAUACUGAAUAAAUAUGGCUGUGCUAGCAAAGGGAACAGUUUGCAUAUUUGAGGUGGCAGCUGUGGAAGAAAAAUGCAGUGUGAAAUCCUGGACCUAUCAAGGUUCCUUAAAUUCCCGUAGACUUCCAUGAGGCCAGAUGUCACUCUAGUGGUUUUUUUUUUGUUUUUUUUUUUUUUUUUUAAAUAUCUGUAUUUUGUACUGUGAAAAGAAGCAGAAUAGGAGAAAUCCUUCCUUGCUUUUUGUUCCCUUCUCAUAGAUUUUAUCAGAUGAGAUUAAAAGGAUGUAAGAUGCUGUAAUUCUAGGUGUCAAAAUACACAAGGUGUAACUUGGUAGAUGAAAACAACAUGCACAGCAUCUGUCUUUUGUGAGAACCACUUGAAACAGCCAAGUCAGUAGAAAUGCUGUCAGCAUAGUGUCAGCCAUAGUACACUCUGAUAAUGAAGUUAGUGAUGUGAAGAUUAAGAGAUGUCUACACAGUGAGCUAUUUGUAGCUUUCAAAGCGAGCAUCUUGGGAAGUUUUUCCAGAGUGUCUGGAGUGUAGACUCCAGUACAUAUAUGGAAUCAUUUAAACUGCCUUCCUAACUACUUGCAUGUAUUUAGUGCAUACUUGAUUACUUGUUACAUUACAGGAAAAGGAUAUGACAACUUUUGAUCUUGUUUUGGUCUGAAUGGAAGUGGUGCUUUGUGUUUUCCAAAUACUCAGCUGGUACUGUGGGGUAACUAUUGAAACACGUCUGCCAGAUGUGUGACUCCCAUGAGUGCUGGCGUUUCAGGUGGUUGUGACAUUCAUUAGUGUGAAUAUUAGUGGGUGUUUCAGCAAAUGCUUGUUUGCCAAACUUCUAUGCCUUUAGGAGUGAGAAGGUGAUUGCUUGCAAAUACUUCCGAUUCCCACUUUCUUUUUGUAACUUGGGUGUAAUCCCUGGGAUGAUAGUUUCCCAGUUCACAGUUUUUCUUGAAAGCAGCAACCAAACUCUGCUGUAGGCAAACAAACAAAAAUGGGCUUUUCAUGCAUGUUUCCUUUCAGAGGUUCUCCUGGCAAACCAUAUACUUAAUUUGUCACACAUGCAAUAAGUUACUUCUUAGUUUGCUAUGUGUCUCUUUGAAUAAAUGAAGUUCCUCUUGUAAUGGGUUAAAAACUCAGGAAAUAACACCUCUAUCUGUCCUGCUAUAUGCCAUUUCAAAGAUCAGUGAAGUACUCUCACUCGUUUCUCAAAACCAGAAGUAUCUAGAAAUUGCUGUUCAGAACUUCUGAGAACAAGGUUCACUUGAAUAGUUACAAUCCUGUCUUAAUUUUAUCCCUUUAUGAGGCUAAUGUAAGAACCUGGUUUUAGAUGUUAUGCUUAUAAAGUUUAAAUGUAUUUGUAAGAUAUUUUAACUGUAUAAGAUACAUCCAUAAUGUUUCUUUCAGCUGAUGAACUGCCAUACUCCUAUUUAAUCUGUUAAAAGCAGUUUACAGGGAGAAAAAAAAAAGAAGGCAGUUUUUAAGAAACAGAUAUUACCUAAACUUUAGAUCAAGGGUGCAUUGUAUUACUCAGUUGAGUCUGGGUUUCUUGAGUUAUUUUAUGUAGCUGUAACUUCCUGUCAGUGUAUAUGCAGGUAGCCCUUAUUAACCCCAUGAGAUAGAUGUUCCAGAUCUUUCAUGAUUGUUUGUAAACAUAUUCAAGUGAACCUUAAGCAUUUCUAAAACUUACCAAGCAUUUUCAAUACAGCGCAUGAUACAAAACUCUUAUCUUCUGUAUGGCUUCUCAUUAAGUGCUAAAAGUUAUUGUAAAAAAAACCAAAACAAACAAACAAACAAAAAAAGAACCCACAAACAAACAAACAAAAAAACCAAACCCCAAACAAAACCAAAAUCACACACACAAACCAGUCACUAGAAAACACAUUUAUUGCAUUCUAACAAUCUGGGAUUUGUGAGGGCUGGUGGCUUAAAAUAGGGUGGUUCAAUACAGCAUAUUGUGACUCAUCUUUCAUUUUUAGAGCAAGCUGUACUAAAGAUUAAUCUGCUGAAUACUUCAAUUGACAGAAAUGUAUCCACUUUCAAAAAGUUAAGGGUUCUUUUGCUUAUGAAAAGCGAGUCCCAGUUAUUCCAGUUACUUAUAGGUGGAUUUUUCUAUACCUAUAUUUAUCACUUGUAUUUCCUGUGAGGUCAGAACACUGCUUGUUAAAAAGUAAUGUCACUCAUCUGGCUUUUACUUUUCAUGGCUAAGUUGGAACUGAUUCUGAUUAGUAUUUUCUAAGACAUUUGCGUAUUGAAUACAUAAAUACUACAACAGGAUUAUUAGGUCAGUCAUGGUUUCUACUGAGAGCAAUCAGAUUUCUGAUCUCAUUUCAGUGAGUCAGUUUUAAAUACUGAAGUUAAAGUCACAUCUUUUAAGUUUACUGCUGGGUAGAAAACACUGUAAAUCUGGGGUAUCUGAGAUGGUAGCUGAUGACCAGACUGUUGCGUACAUAAUGUGUGGGCUGUUGGGGUUGAUAACCAGUACAGUCUUGGAAACUGGUGGUUGUUCUAAUUGUGAUUGCAGCAGUACUUUGAGUUCAAGGAUGCAGUUUAUAGCAACUUAUUUGGCAUCAAUCAUUUUGCAGAGUAGCAAAAUCAAAAUAUUGACUUUAAUAUUUUUUUUGCUGUACUGAUUGUCCCUAUUGGAACAGUAGUUCAAUAAUCUACAGCUUCUCUUAUAUUAAUGCAAGAGAACAUACCUGACAACUAUAUCAACUGAAAUGUUUUAUCUUGGGAAAACCAGCAGUUUUUAGGCUUGGGCAAUUUUCUUUUGUCUGUCAACUGUCUGUUUUAUUACCAUCAAACUCUUAAGAAAUUUUUAAGAUCUUAUUGCACCAGCAAUCAAUGAUUAAAAGAUCAACUUUAUACAAGUUUGUACCAAGUGCUAUUACAACAUGCUAUGGAACUAUGUGUGCAGUGAAAGCAAGCAGUAUUAUUUUUGAGCUUUAUUUAGUCUAGGAAUAGAGUUUAAAGAACAUUAAUUUGUAACUUCAGCCUUGCAUUUAAAUGGUCAAUGGUUUUGUAUUUGAAUCCAACAUUUGUUCAAAUGUCUCUCUUCUACUGCUUGUUAAUUUUUGACAGAACUUGCUUUGCUUCUCCCACAUUGUCUUCUGGUCUAGUUUUAAUUUUAUGCAGAAUUCUUGUUUGUUGUUCUCAUGUUUAAUGGCCCUUUACAUGAAAAUGCAUACGUAGCUUAUUUCAAAAGUGUUUUUAACUUAUUUGAAAUUAUGUCUGACCAUAGUCUGUUGCUUUUAAAAUGCCAUUUCUUUUGUAGAUGUCAGUAAUCAAAUCAAUAGUUUAUGAUAUCAUCAACACUAAGUUAAACAUAGCAACAAAUAGGCCUAAGUUUCAGCUUCUCUGCUCAAAGUGACUGUUCUGAAACUUAUUUCCAAGGGGAUAUACGUCUAAAGCUAUUUUCACAAAUGUGGUGUUAGAUGUUUUCUAAACUAGUGAUAUGCUGUUUAUAAAUCUUACGAAAGCUGUGUUGCUCUUCUAGAGUAUUGUACUUAAGUAUUGUUACAGUGUUAGUUCUUCCUUUUUUUAGUAGUCUUGGCUGCUUUUGAAAUGUUUUGAAGUAGUAAUUAAACUUAUAUUUUGUGAUUA